CGCGCGGGGGCGAGGCUGCGCUCGGUGCCCUGUCGGGCGGAGGGAAAUUGCUCUGCGCCCCACUUCCUCCCCUGAGGAAUGAGAUCCGAAUCCCGGGAGCCUGGUCUGGGCCGUCGGGGACUCUAUCGACCCGGGCGCGGGGCCUCAGACACUGAGGCCCGCUUCUUACCAACAAGGAAACUGAGGCCAGGGAGGGCGGCGCCCCCCAGCCCGCUCCUGUGCCCCAUGGCGUCCGGGCGGGCUGCGUGGGAGGGUCCAGUGGUCGCGGGCUCGCGCCGGCCUGCCCAACCCAGAGAAGGCAGCAGAGGCGGCUCCCACACAUUCCUAACCCUAACCCGACCCCUGGGUCGCAGCUGGAGGGCGGCGGGGCCCGGGCCGGGGCCUCCUCCCCUGCGCAGGACGCCUUGUCAGGCCUCAGGACCCCCAAGCCACAGCCUUUGCAUCUGCAUAAACGGGUGCGGUGGGGACCCCACCUCGGUUGAGGGCAGUGGGGGCGGCCCGCUAGACGCCCCGCAGUGGCUCCUCAGUAGAGCUGUCCUUAACGUCGCCCUUGUGGGCUGGACAGCUACCCUUGAACCCGGGAGGCUGCAGGCGCCCUUUUCUGGGUGCACCUGCCUGUCCAUGUCCAACAGCCCCGCGGGGCCAGAGCUGAGCAGGGCGAGAGGCGGGGUGCUGGGAGCGCUUCCGGCAGGGAUGAGCUGGGAGGCGGCUUUCUGGGCUGCCAGGGUUCUCAAGGAGAAGAGAGAGAAAUCCACUUGUUUUCCCGGGCACUGAGCAGGAGGUGGUCUCCAAACAGAUCCAAGCACACGUCCUCUCGAUGGGCAGUGCAACUCUGGUCUCUGUGGUGGUCACGCCCCCCGUUCACGUGAGGGGUGAAGGAGUGCAUCAAGCCUCUCAAAGUGGAAAAAAGGGUGGGAAGUGGCGUGGCCAAGAUUCGCAUUGAAGAUGACGGGAGCUACUUCCAAAUUAACCAAGUAAGGCACAGGAGGCUGCUCCACCAUCUCUCCUGCCCGGCUGAUCCGAAACACUUUUCUCUGCUUCCUCCCGUCACAGAGCGGUGACCCUGAGACGCUCCAGGUCUCACCAGUCCUUUCCCACUGGUCGAAUUCACCUGCCAUCUGGGAGGCCGGGGGUCAGGGUGCCUGGGGCAGGUGAAUGAGCAGCACCCAGGCCAAACAGCUUGAUCUGCUCAGCAGAGGGGCUAUUUGCAGAGAUGUGGAUCCUGUCUGCGUCUGCCUGUUCCCCCUAGUUCUAACCAUGAUGGCGGGACCCGGAGGCUGGAGAAGGCCAAGGUCUCGCUAAACGACUGCCUGGCGUGCAGCGGCUGCAUCACCUCCGCAGAGACCGUUCUUAUCACCCAGCAGAGCCACGAGGAGCUGAAGAAGGUUCUAGAUGCUAACCAGAUGGCGGCACCCAGUCAGCAGAGGCUGAUUGUAGUUUCGGUCUCACCACAGUCUAGAGCAUCGCUGGCUGCACGGUUUCAGCUGAAUCCUACAGACACUGCCAGGAAAUUAACCUCAUUCUUUAAAAAAAUAGGGGUGCACUUCGUCUUUGACACCGCCUUCUCAAGGCACUUCAGCCUCCUGGAGAGCCAGCGAGAGUUUGUGCGGCGAUUCCGAGGACAGGCCGACUGCAGACAGGCGCUGCCCCUGCUGGCCUCCGCCUGCCCAGGCUGGAUCUGCUAUGCCGAGAAGACCCACGGCAGCUUCAUCCUCCCCCACAUCAGCACCGCCCGGUCCCCGCAGCAGGUCAUGGGCUCCCUGGUCAAGGACUUCUUCGCCCAGCAGCAGCACUUGACCCCCGACAAGAUCUACCACGUCACGGUGAUGCCCUGCUAUGACAAAAAGCUGGAAGCCUCCAGACCCGACUUUUUCAACCAGGAGCACCAGACACGGGAUGUGGACUGUGUCCUCACAACAGGAGAAGUUUUCAGGUUGCUGGAGGAAGAGGGCGUCUCCCUCCCCGACCUGGAACCAGCCCCUCUGGACAGCCUGUGCAGCGGUGCCUCUGCAGAGGAGCCCACCAGCCAUCGGGGAGGGGGCUCGGGGGGCUACCUGGAGCACGUGUUCCGGCACGCGGCCCGAGAGCUCUUUGGAAUCCAUGUGGCUGAGGUUACCUACAAACCCCUGAGGAACAAAGACUUCCAGGAGGUGACACUGGAGAAGGAGGGCCAGGUGCUGCUGCACUUCGCAAUGGCGUACGGCUUCCGCAACAUCCAGAACCUGGUGCAGAGGCUCAAACGCGGGCGCUGCCCCUACCACUACGUGGAGGUCAUGGCCUGCCCCUCAGGCUGCCUGAACGGCGGGGGCCAGCUCCAGGCCCCAGACAGGCCCAGCAGAGAGCUCCUCCAGCACGUGGAGAGACUGUACGGCAUGGUCCGGGCUGAGGCGCCCGAGGACGCGCCUGGGGUUCAGGAGCUGUACACACACUGGCUGCAGGGCACGGACUCAGAGUGUGCAGGUCGCUUGCUGCAUACCCAGUACCACGCCGUGGAGAAGGCCAGCACUGGCCUGGGCAUCCGGUGGUAGGGGCUGCAGGACCAGGACUCCCAGGAGGCCGUGUCCAUGUGUGACAGCAGAACCACAUGCCCCAAGACCCCAGGGCUCCCCCCAAAAUUCUGAGUGAGCUGCAGGGUGUGCUGGGACCCGAGUAGGAGCUAGGACUGGCCAGGACCCGCAGCCGCCUCGUCACCUCCAGUUGGGUGCCUCUGGGUUCCCACUGGCUCUGCCCAGGUGGGGUGGGGUGGCCCAGGCAGCAGAAGGUUCCCUGAGGUCCCAGAGCCUGUUCCAUUGGCCCUGGGCCGAGGCCCACAGGUGCUGCCCUUGCUGUUGCUGGUCGGGCACCCAAGUGCGUGAGGGGCUUCAGCCUGUCCCGGGGUUGCCUGAGGCAGAGCAAGACGGGUUCUCACCCCUGACUUCUGGAGGUUUCCCUUGAAGCUCUGUGCAAAAGGUGGGAGACAGAGCUGGACCUGCAGGGGUGGUCCCGCCACAACCCUGCAUGUGGACCCUAGCAGGAGGGGGUGCCAGGCCCCUGGAAAGCAGGGGUUACCGUUACGAGGCUGUGGUCCGGGGCAAGCCAAGUACGAAGCAGCAGCCAUCACUGGCUGCAUCAUCCCCCAGCCAGGUCCCCACCAGGCCUGUCUCCCAGCGUUUGUCUAAUAAACGCACCCCUCCUAAAACA